CGUUUUCCUCUCCUCCCACUGAAUCAGUCUUUUAUUUACUCUUUGGAAUGCAAAGUAACAGGACACCCUGUGAGUUUUAUCUCUCUCCCAAUCUUUUGUAAUGCUUUGGAAGUUGCCGGACCGGAUUGAGCAUUUGAGAUGGGCWGGUUUCGUGGUUGCCCGGCUGGAAUCUGGGUGGGAGGGCACUGUCGGUGAAAUUUGAAUUUGAGAGACACGYUGAGAGCAUUUGAGCCACACUACCGGGAGGAAAAGCCUCUGUCCCUGACUAAAUCCGGCCCGUCGCUGGUGUGGAUGACUGGAGCUCCUUUGCUAGAAUUUCUGGGAACURCCUCCACCAGAAGACUUUUUCCCCGCAGGCAGACGCCUUCAUUCCUUAUGUAAGCAGUUCUUCCCUUCUUUCACGUGCAUGGCAUUCCCAGGGCUGGCAGCUGAUGCGGAAGGAUCCUGCCUGCCCAGACAGUGUUUGCUGCUCCUACAGCUGAUCCUUGUCUGGGGUUCGAGCUUAGGGCGAUUUACYUCUUGCAACUCGCACAGAUUCUGACCAAGCCGGACUUGGUUCUCAGAUUUCAAGGCCCUCCUUCCUCCCAAACCUGGGCUCUCUUCUCGGGCUGCUCUUGUGGCUGCACUGAGACAAGGCGAGGAGGAGCUGACCGCUUUUACUGGAUAAAGUGAUCCCAGCGGAAACAGAGUCUUUACGGCUGACUGCUGCCACUGCAUGUGGUUUCAGGGCUGGAUACAAUUGGUGUAAAGAAGUUUGGAUCCGCGGCGUGGUGGCAAGUUCAAUUUUUGAUGGGAUAUCACAUAUUUAUAUGGACUGCCACAUGUAAGGUGGAGAAAGGAAGAAUCUUCCCAUAAAAAAUUGAGUUUGAUACAGUUUUUUUAAUCCUGACUUGCUCGUGAAUGUGAGAAACUUAAAUAUUGGAGGGUGUGUGUAUGAAUCAUCUAUUCAAGAAGGGGACAUGAACAACCUGGACGAAGGGGUGGAGUUCCUCCCWGCCAUGAACUCCAAGAAGAUGGAGAAGCGUGGCCCAAAGCGGCGGGUGGUCAUCACAAUCCUGAUCACUGUUUUUCUGCUUGUCUCUCUCACUGCUGGCCUCCUGUUUUGGCACUUCAAAUACAGGAACACACCCAUCCAGAAGGUUUUUAAUGGCCACUUGCGGGUUCUGAACUGGGAGUUCCUGGAUGCCUAUGAGAAUUCCAGCUCUCCAGAGUUCAGUAUGCUGGCCAAGAAGGUGAAGAGCACGGUGGAGGAGAUCUACAGAAAUCAUGCUGAUAUUGGUCCUUACCACAAAGAGACAGUGAUCACUGCCUUCAGCGAAGGCAGUGUCAUUGCCUACUACUGGUCAGAAUUCCUUGUGCCCAAGUACCGGGAGGAGAGCCUGGACAGGGCGAUGGCUGACAAGCAGAGCCUGGUGCAGAGGUGGAACCCCCGUCUGAGAAACCCCAUGCUGAAGGUGGAGUCGGUCAUCGCUUUCCCUGUGGACCCCAGCAUAGCUCACUCUGCCCGGGACAACAGCUGCAUGUUCUCCCUCCACGCCAAGGAAGGGGAGGUCACCAGUUUCACCACACCAGGCUUCCCCAACAGCCCGUACCCGAACAAUGCCCUCUGCUACUGGGCAUUGAGGGCAGAUGCCAGCACCAGCAUCAGCCUCACCUUCAAGACCCUGGAACUGGAGCCCUGCAGAGAUGACAGUGACUACAUCAAGGUGUACAACUCUCUGAGCCCCGUGGAGCCCCACGCCUUGGUUAGGCUUUGUGGGAAUUAUGCCCCGUCCUACAACCUGACCUUCCUGUCCUCCCAGAAUGUCAUGCUAGUCACACUGGUUACCAACAAGGAGGGGCGAUUCCCUGGCUUUAAGGCUGAGUUCUUCCAGGUCCCGAAGAUGAAAGCCUGCGGUGGGACACUGAAGGGAGACAGUGGCACCUUUACAACUCCCUAUUACCCAGCACACUAUCCCCCAGACACRGACUGUGUCUGGAGCAUUGAGGUUUCCCCUGUAAAAAAUGUGAAGGUGCGUUUCAACAUGUUCUUUGUGCUGGAGCCCGGGAUCCCAGUCAGCUCCUGCACCAAGGACUAUGUGCAGAUCAACGGCACGAGGUACUGCGGGGAGCGCUCUCAGUUUGUGGUGGCCAGUACCACGAACAAAAUCGAGGUCCGGUUCCACUCAGACCAGUCCUACACAGACACGGGCUUCUCUGCGGAGUUCCUCUCCUACGACUCCAGUGACCCCUGCCCUGGCAAGUUCACUUGCAAUACCGGCCGCUGCAUCGACAGGGGUAUGCGCUGCGACGGGUGGCUGGACUGCGUGGACGGCAGUGAUGAGAGGGACUGCACCUGUACCGAGCAGCAGUUCAGGUGCCAGAAUGGCUGGUGCAAGCCCAAGUUCUGGGUCUGUGACAACGUGAACGACUGCGGUGACAACAGCGAUGAGCUGCAGUGCAGCUGUGCAGCCGACAGCUUCAAGUGCGACAAUGGGAAGUGUGUCCCCAACACACAGAAAUGUGAUGGCAAGGACGACUGUGGGGAUGGCAGCGACGAGGGCAGCUGCAGCACAGCAGGCCAGAUCACAGUCCCCUGCAAGGAGCAUACAUACAAGUGCCGCAGYGGGCACUGCAUCAGCAAACAGAACCCCGAGUGCGAUGGGGAGCAGGACUGCGAGGACAACUCUGACGAGGACAACUGCAACUGUGGGCUCCGCUCCUACGUCAGGAAGUCRCGGAUCGUCGGUGGGCAGAACUCGGACGUGGGAGAAUGGCCGUGGCAGGUCAGCCUGCACGUGAAGAGCCAGGGCCACAUCUGCGGGGCCUCGCUGGUUUCGGCGAGCUGGCUGGUGUCGGCAGCACACUGCUUUCUGCCGCUGCAGGGCAUCAGGUACUCAGACCCCAGCCUAUGGACAGCCUACCUGGGGCUGACCGACCAAGGUGACCUCAGUGGCUCCAAUGUGCAAACCCGCAAAAUCAAGCGUAUCAUCUCCCACCCCUUCUUCAAUGACUACACCUACGACUACGACAUCGCAGUGCUGGAGCUGCAGAGCCCUGUCACCUUCACAGCCGUCGUCCAGCCCAUCUGCCUGCCUGAUGCCACCCACAGCUUCCCCGUGGGCAAGGACCUGUGGGUGACUGGAUGGGGAGCGACUGCAGAAGGAGGCACGGGAGCGUCCAUCCUGCAGAAGGCAGAGAUCCGGCUCAUCAACCAGACUGKGUGUAAUCAGCUCCUGACAGACCAGCUGACACCACGCAUGAUGUGCGUGGGGAUCCUGACCGGCGGCGUGGAUGCCUGCCAGGGAGACUCCGGGGGGCCCCUGGUCAGUGUGGAGCCCAGCAGUCGGAUGUUCCUGGCUGGUGUGGUGAGCUGGGGUGAUGGUUGUGCCCAGAGGAACAAACCUGGKGUGUACAGCCGGCUCACAAGCCUGCGAGACUGGAUCCAGGAGCACACAGGCCUCUAGGGAUGGAUCCCUGCCUGGACACCUCUUGGACAGCACUGGCUGGAGACACUUGGCAGUGCCAGCCAUGCACAGCCUCUACUGUGAACUUCAACCCUCCCUCUACCUCGCUGCGAGCGCCUGGGACUSCACGUGCAGUCAGAGCUGAUGGUUUGGUUUAGCCCUUAGUCUUAGAAAUCCAUGUUUGGAGAAGUUUGCCAUGGUGGGUAAGCUAGUUGCAGCUCCCAUUAACAAUUUGAAUGAGCAAUCAUUUAGGAUUACAUAUAAUAAUAAACUUCAAAAAAAUCAAAUAAAAAAAAAAGACACUUUGCGUGUUAAAGGCAAACUUUAGUGGACAGGUUCAAAAAAAAGAUUUCAACAUAUGCAUAGUCAUGCAUUUGUUUUCAAAUAGCCAUCCAUACCCCCUUCUCUAGUGUUCAGCUAUGGGGGGGGGGGGUUGUAGGGAGGUCUUACUAUAGUUUUGGGGGGACUCCCUUUGGGAUCUCUCCCUUGUCCUGCACCAUGGUCUCCUCCUUCUGUCCUCUGUCCAACUCUGCUUCCAGCAUGGCCAAGUCCAGGGCUGGGGACCUGAAAGAUGUUGGGCUGAGACACCAUCACUCACCCCUAGGGAAGCCACAGGCAGCGCUCAAACACCAUCAUUCACCCCAAAGAAGACCAUGGGCAG